AUGAGCAACAAGUUGGUGACCAAGGUGAAGAAGGAAGCUCUUGCACUUCCCAAAGCUGAAGCCCAAGCAAAGGAUUUGGAGAACAAGAAGGCAGUGUUGAAAGGCAUCCACAGCUACAAAAAAAGAGAAAAGAUCCAUACGUCACCCAUAUUACAGCAGCCCAAGACACUACGUCUCCAGCAGCAGCCCAAAUAUCCUUGGAAGGGCACCCCCUGGAGAAACAAGCUUGGCCACUAUGCCAUCAUCAAGUUCCCUCUGACCACAGGGUCUGCCAUGAAGAAGACAGAAGACAACAAUAGACUCAAGUUCAUUGUGGCUGUCAAGGUCAACAAGCAGCAGAUCAGAAAAGCUGUGGUGAAACUCUAUGACAUUGAUGUGGCCAAAGUCAAUUCUCUGAUCAGAUCUGAAGUAGAAAGAAUGCAUGUGUUUGGCUCCUGA